GUCUCAUUAAAAAAAAAAAAUUGAAACGAAUUAAUUGUAACGAGGUGGUAAUUGAUCAGGUAUAAAAAGCUUACACUGUAAGCUUAUUAAAAUUAAUUCUUAUGUUAGAACAAUCGUAAGUAAAUAAUGUCGCCAUUGUGUCCGGCUUUAUCUCGGUAGCUAUCACGUCUCCAGAAUGUUUGAAAACGAGCGGUUUUUCUCGCACUUGUCUGCAUUGGAGAGGGAAUUGUCUUUCAGAACAGAGAUGGGCCUGUACUAUUCAUAUUAUAAAACUAUUGCGGAAGCUCCAACAUUUAUUGGAGGUGUUCAUGCCAUUAUGAACUGUAAUGUAACAGAAUAUCCCGACACUAUCAACACUCUCAAAAGAUUUAAUUUAUACCCAGAGGUCGUGCUGGGAUUUGCUUUUCGUAUGUAUGUUUGGUUAACAACAAGCUUGAAUAUUCACACCAAGACGUGUUACACAGUUAACAGGGGUUACAACCAACCUCCAGUUCAAAGCUGUGAAGGUAUGGGAGAAUUGUCUUUCUUCUAUGUGUAUGCCAUCUUCUAUUUAAGUGGACUCAUGAUGUCCAUGUUCUUCUUGCUCUGUUUUUAUUUAAGUGGCAGUAUUCUUGGUGGAGUUAUAGGUACACUCUCUUACUUCUAUAACCAUGGUGAGUGCACCAGGGUUAUGUGGACGCCACCACUGAGAGAAAGUUUUUCAUAUCCAUUUCUUGUUUUCCAACUACUGGCUGUUACUCUGACACUCAAGUCUCCCAAGGCUGAUUGGCGACACUUGUCAUUAGUUGCCAUAACAACUAGCUUAUUUAUGAUUCCAUGGCAGUUUGCUCAGUUUGCAUUGCUGACACAGACAUGUGCCUUAUUUGGAUUAUACUUUCUUCAGUUCAUCACUUCACACAAAUUGUGUAACAUUCUAUUUGGGCUGCUGGUGGGGCAUGUUUUGAACUUUAUAAUUCAGUUUGGAAACUCCAUGCUUCUCAGUUCAUUCUUCUUGUCAGCCCUUAUCAUAACUUUAAUUAUCGCCAAACUUGAGCCACUUAUUUACCAAGUGCCACAUCAGCUUCUCAUAUGGGUUAUUCAAGCUGUGAUGUUUCUCACUGGAGCCAUAGGAAUUAAGAUUGCAAUUGCAAAGAUCCUUGGAAUCGCAGAUGAUGCACACAUAACCAGCAUCUUACGUUCCAAGUUUUCCAACUUCAGGAAUUUUGACACCUCGUUGUACACGUGUGCUCCAGAGUUUGACUUCCUCGAUCCAGAGACCCCAACAAAGUUGACAAAGACGUUGUUGUUACCAGCUGCAGCUGUUGGUAUAACUGCGGUUGUCAUGAAGAUUCUUGGAAAUGAAUGGAAGGCUUGGAUGGCUGAAAAAGACAAGUCGGACAAAGCAAUAGAAUCAGAACCCGAAUCAGAUGAAGAAGAAAAAGAUGAUUAUAAGAAAGCAGUGAACCUGAAACCUUAUGCUGAGCAUUUGUACCACGUGCUGCAGUCUCUGGCCUUCGUUAUCAUGGCGAUCAUUAUCAUGCGACUGAAGUUGUUUGGAACCCCCGCGCUGUGUGUUAUGGCUUCACUCUUGGCUUCAAGACAGUUGUUUGGUUUUGUUUGUGACAAGCGGAAACACCAAGCCGCAGUGGUUGUGCUUAUAGCUGUCAUGUCAGUACAAGGGAUAGGGAACCUACAAGUUCAGUUUGCGACACAAGGAGAGUAUAAUAACCCAGAACAAGAAGCGUUAGUUGAGUGGAUCAAUACGGAAACACCCAAGAAUUCUGUGUUCGCUGGUGCUAUGCCAACCAUGGCUACAGUUAAACUAUGCACAGGUCGGGCUAUCGUUAACCAUCCUCAUUAUGAAGACGUUGGCAUAAGAGAAAGGACUCACAAAGUGUACCAAAUCUUCAGUAGGAAGCCGCCUGCUGUUGUCUGGGAAACGCUGAAUUCCAUGAAAGUCACACACGUGAUUGUUGACACGCAGUGGUGCAGAGGACGACCAAAGUAAGUAUAUAGCCUUGUUGUCAUGGAAACAAUUUUUUAAAAAUUUAUAGUGGGGCUCAGAAUGGCUGGAAUGUUAUCUUUUUGUAAGCAGUUUUCGUCAGAGAGGUAACUUAAGCAUAUAACGCGUAACCGAAACAUUCUACGACUCUUAAAAAAUAAGAAAGCUACGGUGACAGCGGCAACAAGAACGUCGUGAAACAAGGUGCAAAAUAACCAGACCACAGCUUGUUUCGUGUUUCUAUAUGAGGCUGAAUGUUGUCUUCCAGCGGGGCCUGGGGCCCGUUUCUCGAAGGUCCCGAAAAGUUUUCGCA